AUGGCCCAGCUAUACUACAAAAAGGUGAACUACUCGCCCUACAGAGAUCGCAUCCCACUGCAGAUCGUGCGAGCAGAGGCAGAGCUCUCAGCGGAAGAGAAGGCCUACCUCAGCGCUGUGGAGAAGGGGGACUAUGCCAGUGUCAAACAUGCCUUACAAGAGGCAGAGAUCUACUACAACAUCAACAUUAACUGUAUGGAUCCUCUUGGUCGCAGUGCUCUUUUAAUAGCCAUAGAGAAUGAAAAUCUGGAGAUCAUGGAGUUGCUUUUGAGCCACAGUGUGUAUGUGGGAGAUGCUCUGCUGUAUGCAAUACGGAAAGAGGUGGUGGGAGCUGUGGAGCUGCUGCUGAGUUACAGGAAGCCAAGUGGUGAAAAGCAGGUUCCAACGUUGAUGAUGGACACUCAGUUUUCAGAAUUCACUCCAGAUAUCACCCCAAUAAUGCUGGCGGCUCAUACCAACAACUAUGAAAUCAUCAAACUGCUUGUCCAAAGAAGGGUAACAAUUCCACGCCCACACCAGAUCAGAUGCAACUGUGUGGAAUGUGUCUCCAGUUCAGAGGUGGACAGCCUGAGGCAUUCCAGGUCAAGGCUGAACAUCUACAAAGCCUUAGCCAGCCCUUCGUUGAUUGCCUUAUCAAGUGAGGACCCCAUCUUGACGGCCUUCCGACUGGGCUGGGAGUUGAAGGAGCUCAGCAAAGUGGAAAAUGAGUUCAAGGCUGAAUAUGAAGAGCUUUCACAGCAGUGCAAGCGUUUUGCUAAGGACCUUUUGGAUCAAGCGCGGAGUUCUCGAGAACUGGAAAUCAUUCUCAAUCACAGAGAUGAUCAAAGCGAAGAGCUGGAUCCCCAAAAAUGUCAUGAUUUGGCAAAGCUAAAGGUAGCAAUAAAGUAUCACCAGAAAGAGUUUGUUGCUCAGCCAAACUGCCAGCAGCUACUAGCAACACUUUGGUAUGAUGGUUUUCCAGGAUGGAGGCGGAAACACUGGGCAGUAAAACUCCUGACCUGUGUCACCAUUGGACUGCUAUUUCCUGUGCUAUCUGUGGCAUAUCUGAUUGCACCGAAGAGCAGGCUGGGACUGUUCAUUAAAAAGCCAUUUAUAAAGUUUAUCUGCCACACCGGCUCUUACCUAACCUUCCUCUUCAUGCUCCUGCUGGCGUCGCAGCACAUCGUCAGGACAGACCUUCACAUGCAGGGACCACCUCCCACCAUCGUGGAGUGGAUGAUCCUGCCAUGGGUUCUAGGUUUUAUCUGGGGAGAAAUCAAGGAAAUGUGGGAUGGUGGAUUCAAUGAGUACGUACAUGACUGGUGGAAUCUGAUGGAUUUUGCAAUGAACUCCCUCUAUCUUGCAACUAUCUCUCUUAAAAUUGUUGCCUACGUCAAGUAUAACGGCUCUCGUCCAAGGGAGGAAUGGGAAAUGUGGCACCCGACUCUCAUUGCAGAAGCCCUCUUUGCAAUAUCCAACAUUUUAAGUUCCUUGCGUCUCAUAUCCCUGUUUACAGCAAAUUCACACCUGGGACCUUUGCAGAUUUCUCUGGGACGCAUGCUGCUAGACAUCCUUAAAUUCCUUUUUAUCUACUGUCUGGUGCUUCUGGCUUUUGCCAAUGGACUGAACCAGCUUUAUUUUUAUUAUGAGACCAGUGCCUCGGAGGAACCCAACAACUGCAAGGGGAUCCGAUGUGAGAAACAGAACAAUGCCUUCUCCACACUUUUUGAGACCCUCCAGUCCCUCUUCUGGUCUGUGUUUGGCCUGCUGAAUCUCUACGUCACCAACGUGAAAGCCAGACAUGAGUUCACAGAAUUUGUUGGGGCCACUAUGUUUGGGACCUACAAUGUCAUCUCCCUUGUUGUGCUGCUGAACAUGCUCAUAGCUAUGAUGAACAACUCCUACCAGCUCAUUGCCGACCAUGCGGAUAUUGAGUGGAAAUUUGCACGGACGAAGCUCUGGAUGAGUUACUUUGAUGAAGGUGCCACUCUGCCCCCUCCUUUUAACAUUGUCCCAAGUCCCAAAUCAUUCUGGUACCUUUGCAAGUGGAUUCACAACCAUUUGUGCCCAGGCAAUGACUCUGACAAUGAACAGAAAAGGCAUGAAAACCUCAAAACAUUCACAGAACGACACGCUGACAACCUGAUUCAGAGUCAACAUUACCAGGAAGUGAUAAGAAGUCUUGUGAAAAGAUAUGUCGCAGCAAUGAUAAGAACUUCCAAAACCAAUGAAGGGUUAACUGAAGAAAAUUUCAAGGAAUUAAAACAGGACAUCUCAAGUUUUCGUUACGAAGUUCUUGACCUCUUAGGAAAUAGGAAGCCCCAGAGGAGAAGUUAUUCUACCAGCAGCACAGAGGUGUCCCAAAAGGAUGAAACAAAUGAAGAUGGUGAUGGAGAAAAACCCAAAACCAAGAGCGUGUCUUUCAAUGUAGCCAACAAAAAAAAGGACUUCAAUGUAUCUGCUCUAAUUAAAACUAUGUCUGGGAUCAACAUGGUGGAAGAUAAGCCAAAAAGCAAUGGGAUCAGUAAGCGCUCCUUUGUCCGAAACGGAAACAGAGUUCAGAGACUUUCCAGCUCCAAGAAGGAGUCCUUUAAGAGACUAGGCCUGCUUUUCUCCAAGAUGAACGGACAUGUACCUGAACCAAAUUCAGAACCCAUGUACACUAUUUCAGAUGGGAUUAUUCAGCCACACUACAUGUGGAAAGACAUUAAAUAUUCUCAGAUUGAUAAAGAGAGAGAAGAGAAUUGUUCCAAAAGUGAAAUUAACCUCAAUGAGGUGGGCUACAGUGGGAACACAAGACUUACGGGACAGAGCAAGGAGUGCCCUGUGGUUUGUACCAGCUCCCUUCACUGUGCUUCCAGUAUUUGUUCCUCUAAUUCUAAACUUAUAGACUCGUCAGAGGAUGUGUUUGAUUCAUGGGGAGAGGCUUGUGACUUGUUUAUAAACCAGUGGAAAGAUGGGCAGGAGGAUCAUGUUACAACUCGGCUAUAAGUAAAGCUAUCGAACACCUGCUGGAAAAGGUAGCCAGUUAUUUGUGAUGGUUUGCUGUCAUAUGAUCCAACAUUACUAUUUCCUUUCUCUCCACAGGUGAAAAAAGUGUGUAACUACUUAUGUUAGCCUGUUUUAUAGCCAUCUGCACCUUUUUUUAAUUUACUUAUCUUACACUCAAAUACUAAAGUUUUACCAUUUAUAAGGUCACUAUAAACCACAGGAAGCCCCUUUGGAUGCAGUCCCAGUCUCCAAACCCCACAGACUUCAGACACACAGGUAGCCAAGUCAAAGAUGCUCCAGUGCCCCCCAUCAUCAUCCCCCUGCUCCUGGGUUAUCACUGCUGCUCCCAGCACUGUCAGCUCUGCAUCCUGCUCCAUCCUCCUCAUCAACACACCCAGCUGGUGAGCAGUAACUUCACAGGAGGCUGAGAAUCACAUUUAAAGUCUUUUGAGGAAGAGUUUCAGGUUAUAACUGGCUUUUGUUUUCUUUAAGCAAUACGACCUCUGAUUCUUUUGGUUGUGUGUGUGAUUUUGUUAUAUUAAUAUUGUAGAUUGUUACUGAGCAAGAGACCCUUUUGAUCAUCCAGCUAGAACAUGUAAUGAUUUGCUUAUUUACCUAAUUCCUGUAAGAAAUUCCCCCUGUAGGGAGCAGAGCAACCUUCCAGUUAGGCUGAGAGUAGAAGCCAGGACCUUCCUAGCACCUUCUGAAUGGAUGAACUGACCCAAAACCAGCUGUAGCUGCUUGAAACACAAAUUUGAGUGUGGUUCUUACAUUCACAAUGGGCUGAACUAAAACCCAACCCUAAGCCUUGCUCUUACACCCCACCCCUCAAGAUGUCCAUUUAUUGAAAUUCCUAAUCUUACGUAACUGCUGCACUCAGUUUUUGCUGCCUCUCUGGUGGGUGCCAGGCUUCAGGAAGAAAACCGUCCUCCUAGUGUACAGCAAGUGCUAAUAGAGCUCAUCUUCCCUGGUCCUGUGGGCUGCAUUUCUGAAAAAGCAAUAGCAGCUCAAACUGCAUGUGGCAGCCUAGAAAGUCUCUGCAGUUCCUUUUGUAAGGUGCAACAAAAAAAGUGCAGCAGUAGAUGUCUUUUUUUUCCCCCCUAUUGUGGUAGUGUCUGGACAGGGCCUAUCAAUGUCACUACUUUUGUCUGAAAGAGCAUCAGAGAAGGGGGCAAGACAACCCCAGCAAAGUGGUUGAACAGUGGUUGGUUUGUGGUUUUUUAACUUAUUUACCAUCACUUCAGAGCUGUUAUUAGUCAGCUGCUUUCCUGGAGGAAGCAAGUCCUGACCAGGAGCUCAGAAAUGGCCUUCCUAUCUAAUAGAGCUGUGCUCCUGCAGUCACACUUACGGCUCUGUUUCCAGGAGAGGGUACACAAGCAUGAGCAUAUCCCAGGGGUGGUCGCCAAAAAUCACCUCUUCUGUAAACUGGGUUGUUAAUUCCUUUUGUAAAAGCAUAAUGCUGGAAAAUCUACACCUCUCACUGGCACUGGUCAGAUUUUAACAGCAAGGGGCAGGCACAGCUCUCACGGCAGGAUGGAGGGUCAGGAGGAAAGGGAUUCCUCUCUACAGCAGUCCCCACAAAAGAGAUGCUGAGAUGCCUGCAGUUGGAUACCCUGUCCAACUUCUAAACUUGGCUCCCUCAUCAAGGAAAACCACCUUGUCAGGUUUUGCCCUUGCAAAUCUAUGCAGCAUUACUGGAAGGCUGUGAUGGAGCACACCUAUAUCAGAGAGAUAAAUGUCAACAAUGCAGCCAGUUCCUGUAGCAGAGCUGCAGAUGCCAACACACUGAAUUGAUGGGAAGUUUUCAAUACCUCAAGGUGGAGGCCAUAGCUCUAGGCCAGCUCUAACGUCAAGAAAAAUGAGCAACCAGGAGCAGAGAUUCAGAAAUGUUUCUGCAUUCCUUGCUUGUAAGUUACACUGGUCCUGUUACCAGCAUGCAGUAUAAAGCCCAAAAUAUUUAAGCCUCUAGAUGUGUUAGUUAAGGCAAAGUGAAAAGCGUUUUUGUACUAACAGAUUCCAGGCCUCCAUAGUAAUUGCAGGGUUAUAGUUGUUUUUGAAAACCACAUCUCCUCUUCCUUUAUGAAAAGCUGAGCACACUCACAUUGGCACUACACAAGGAGACUUGCAGAACUGAGGGUCAGAAGCAGACUGCUGAUUAUUCAUGAAGAAAUCCAGUACCUCAGUCUUUUAAGAGAGAAAUCCAUCCAUACGCAGGAGCUGCAGUCAGGACCAACUGAAAGCAAUCAUCAGAGCAGCUCACAAUAAAAGCCCUACAGUUUAAUAAACCAAACUUGAGCAUUUUUCUGGAAAGAUGAACAUUUAGCAAGAGCUGCUACAGGGGGAUGAAGGUUUGAAUCAUUUUAUGCCUAACCUAACCACACUGCAGUUUAUGAACUCUGUUUGACAUGGGGCCAGCAGAUCUUUAUGGUAUUUCCUGUCUAGCAAGUAAGAAUGAAAAUAAUUCAAGUACGGUUAUACAGAUUACAUCAACUGAAUUUGAGGCUGGGACAGAUGCAGGGUUCAUAUCCUCAGACAGCAGAAAGGCUUUUGAACUUUUCUGGGAAAGCAACUGCACUGCUGCUGGUGAUGAUUAUAUUGUGUCAUUCAAAUGCAGCACUGCAUUAACAGGUACAGAUAAUGAAGUGCUAUUAACUCUGCAGUGGUCCCCCCAAAACAGGUAAAAAUUACACUGGGCAGCACAAAUCCCUUCUGUGCAAACUGUGUGAGUCAUGUUUCCCCACCGAGUCCUGAAAGGGCAGGGGUAGGAACUGCCACCUUGGAGUGGCAUGAUGGAUAAUGCAGUCUGCAGAAAUUUCAUGUUAUGCUAAAGGCGAGAGUCACAUGUUUGCUUGGCUGGGGCUCCCCUGGGCUUUGUUUCAUGACUCAGAUACUUCCCAGCUCCCAGCUAUGAGCUAGUUGGAGCUGACUCUGGAAUUUAACACAAAUAUUUGCUUUGGCUGUGAUUAAUACACAUGUCCAGGAGUUUGCAAAACUGUCAGAUUGGUCCCCAAGAGGCAAAAUUAUGUUUGAUUGCAUCUAUGCAUCCCCUUCGGUAGCACUAGACUUUCUAGCAGCUGGUGAAUUAUUAUUACUCAAGAACAGGAGCUUCAUGGGAGGGAAAUUAAGAUAUCUUGUGAAAAAUACUUUUGAUAAAGAAACCUGUGGUUUUUUUUAAUUCACUUGCAGUCACAGUAUUUGGGAUCUCACUAGUAUUUUUCCAUUUUCAAUUGCUCUAAAAGAAAACAUGUUUUAGUGCUAGUUAUUUCUGUCAGAGAACUAAGGGCAUUACCCCUGUGCUGUCUGUGCAGGCCACCAAGGUAGGAACUGACAGGACACUUGGAGGAGUUAAAGUUUUCCUUGGCUUGGGUUCAAGACGCACAGCUGUGCUAGAGCUGGCACACACCCAGCCUUUAUUCUGGGGGCUUCAAUAAUAAUCCUUCUGCAUAUGCAAGGAAUUUGGAAUUAGGAAUAACAGAGAUGCCAACCACCUGCCUUUAUGUUUCUUGCUCUUGAAGUUGCUUUAUUUCUCACCUCUCAUCCCCUUUUUAAAGCAGCACACCUACAGAUGAUCACCAAUAUUUGUUAAGUAGUUAACAAAUAACAUCCAGGGUUAAGAAUAUCAAAUAGAGCUAUGUGUUUGUACUCAGGUCAGAGAUUAAAGAAGUUGUUUCAGAAGCAAGAAAUUAACUGACAUAUCUCUGCAGAUAAUUUGGAUAUUUGCAUUUGUGUAUUAUUAACUUACUGGUAUAUAUGUAAAUACUCCAGUAUUUGUAGCUGUGGUCCCUCCAGAGGAAGCAUGCACAGCAGCUAGAGCACGGGAUUAGAGGGCAGGACUGCGGAGGGCUGAUCCCAGCUCUGCCACUGACUCACCUGUGACCUUGGGCAAGUCACUUCACCUCUGUAACGCCUCAGUUUCCCCAUCUGUAAAAUAGGGAUAAUAAUACUUACCUACCUCGCAGGGGGGUUAGUUCAUUAUUUAUAAGCACUUUCGGAUCUUCAAAUUAAAGGCGCUAUAUACAGUAAGUAGUUAAUAUUUGUAGCAGUAGUAUGUACUUUUAUUUUCUUACAAUUAAUUCAGGUUAGGAUUUAACUGUAUGUCCGUUAAGAUAGUUUUCCAUUUAGAAAACUAGCAUGGUUUCCUACAAAGGGAAUUUAGGGGGCUUCUGCAACAGAGAGCAGGAGCAGCACACCGUGGAAGUCUAAACUCUUAACACCCUUGCUUUUGUGAUUUAUGUCUCAUCCUUAACGUCACCUUACAGUAUUUGUGUUUCAUCCUUUUUCUGAUGGUACAUGCAACAUAAUUUUAGCAGAAACAGCCACUGUAAAUAUUAAGAAUAUCUAAACAAAUAUAUUCAUGUAUAAAUAUAAAACCUUACCUUUUAAAGGGGUUAAAAUUGGUUGAUGCAGACUUCUCAGCAUGGAGAGCUUCCACAGGCAGCCCAGCACUGACGCACGCACACAUGGCAGAAUAUUGGAGUAGGGCUAUGGGAAAAAGUCACCACAUGUCAUCAUCUCCUUAGAAUUCCCUUUUCCCCCAUCACUGGCAAGGGCAAGUCACACAGGUAACAAGGUCUCACAGGAAGGUGUGCAAUGGACUGGAGCAAAGGGAGGCUGUGGUCAGAACAAAAUCUACCUGCUGCCCGUUUAGCCCCAGGGAGCAGAAGCAGGAUCAGGAUCCAGCAGCUCCCGGACACUCACCUUGGGCAGCUGCUGGAGGAACCUCGUGUUCCUGUCUCCUGUGCCCCACAAGGGGGCUCUUUGCCCUGAUUUCUCUGUAGGUACAAUUGUUCUUCUUUACUGCGUACUCAGGAUAAAGGCCCCUGGUUUGAGUGACAGGAUCUCCAAGAUUUGAUUUGCACAGAAAGGGAACAGUGAGCAUUCUGAGCUCCCUUCCAGGAAUGGCAGUAGUUGCAGGGUAUCUGCACUGGGUAUUUGGACGGUUACUAGUAGUGUAAGCAAGGAUCUGAUUUACUGCUGGGUUUUCUAGCAGUUAGAAAACUACGUAAGCACCUGCUGUUCUCACACCAUUAAGUGUAAGUCCUACUUCCCUUGGGACUUCUCAACUUUGCUCUUGAAAGGCCAAAAUCCCAAAGAAAAGCAUAUUUCAAUUAAACAGGAAUAGGUGCAAUUCUGGUUUAAUUUCUGUCUGAGUUCUCCUUCAACCAGUUAACUUGUCCUGCAGUGUCCCACAGAUAUGUCUAUGAGAAACCUUCAUACAGUCUCAAAGGCUGAUUUCCAGGGAAACGGAAUCACCUCCCAUCUCUACUGCAAUUCCAUAGUCAAACAGAAUGACAAAAAAUAAGCAAAAAACAUCCAAACCACUAGUACUGCCUACAAUUAGUGAAAGUUGUUUACUUAACUAACAAAGCUCUGAAGCUGUUUUUGGAGUGGAUGCACUGUAAGGACCUCUUGCUCACAAGUGGGACCUCCUGGGCCAUGGGCACCACAGCCCCAGGUCGCUGCAGCCUGCCCGGGUGUGCUGGAGGCAUUAGUGACUCGUUCCUGUAAUGAUAAAAUUAUUUUGAAUCGGUGAGACUACAGUGAAUAAUAAAUCAGCUCACUGGAAGAGCAUCCAAAAUCAACUGUUACUAAAAUAAUCUGUAGUUUUUGGUGAAUGUGCAACCUGAAACCUAACAACUAUAAAGUCAAUCCCUUGCUGGAUUGUUUUUUGCAGGAGGUGGGGAGCACUCUGGGCCAGCCACAUUAGCAUAUUUUCUAGCAGUUUGUAAUUUAAUUUAAUUUUCACACUACUUCUUUCCCCAUUUCAGGCAAUUACAAUUUUACAAACAAGUCAUUUAUAUAUUACUCACAUAAUUGCCUCCACUCAGAACAACUACUGCUCUGGAGUAAAUCCAUGACCAAGUACAACUGUUUUAAAAAGAAAAUGUUUUAUCUAAAAUAGUAUAUUUAAAAGGCAGAAGUGAUUGAUGCUUAUUUGACCUGCUCCGUUUUUUUAAGGUGUGAAAACAAAACAAAAACCCCUCCAACCAUAACAACAAGAACACCCACCUAGCUCAAACCACCCAGAAUUUUAAAAGUCAAUUUGAUUUUUGCAGUUCUUUUACUCCCAGACCCUUCUCAAACAAGAGCUCACCAACUACAGACAGCAAUACAGCCCAUUUCUCCUGGCUAGCAUGUCCUCCUUGCAGCACAGGAGAUUUUCUUGUGAGGAUCUUUUUUUUCCAUCUCCCAUUUAAAGCAUUUCUGUAUCAGCAUUAACUCCUAAGCCAGAAGAAACAAUGUGCUUAGGACAAGACUUGACCCAUCAAAGAGCUGGCCUUUGAGGCUUUACCUAACACUGGGAUACCUCUAGCCCACAGAAUGAAAUGCCUUUGUACUAUAAAUAGUUGUUUUUGAGCAAGGGGGCACUUCUGGUCUAGCUAUUUUUUGGGUAUCGUACAGUCAUAUUUAAAAACUACUGAAUGUGUUUAUAAAGGUGGGUUUAGGAAUUAGAGGGCUUGGGAUCUUUGAGAAGCAAAGGAUAGUAGCAGAUGCUUCAGUAUUUUCUAUGUGGCAAGCCCUAGAGACCCAGGCUUACUCUGCAAGCAGUUUUUUUAGCAAUUGAGUUUUAAUAUAAAAUUAAAUAUUCAUUAAAAAAAAACAACUAUCAGAGACAGCUUCACACCUGAGCAUAUUUUAGAAUGCUACGUGACUUCAUGGGAUAAAGAAAGUGAGGCUUUUUUCCCCCACCCUUCCUCUUUUAGUUUUAGUCAAAAACUUGCUGGACUUUUCCAGGCAAAAGUGCUUUUAGAUGUAAGAAUUUUGCAUAUGGAAAGAGAGAGUGGGGACCUCAGCAUUUGCCAGUUGCCUAGUUAUAGCCACUCCUAGAGAACAGGAGGGAGAAAAGGGGAGAACAAAAAGCAAAAACAAAUGCUUAAUUUUAUGUACUUUUCUACUUGCAACUUUUUCUGUCCGUAGUGUAGACUCCAUGUCAUUCCCUUGCAUAACAUGUAAAAAUGAAAUUAUGUACAUAAUAAAAUUAUUUAUUUUAUGUGUAUUUUUAGCUUAACUGUAAACUGAAAAAAAUAAAGCAUUUAAUUUUUUUCCCAAAAAUGUAAGCCUAUUGAAAUUCGAGGUGUUUCUACCUUUUCAGAUGUAACAUUUCCAGCUGCCUAUUGAUAAUAAACAUUUAUGAACAGCAA